CACCGUCAUAAGACCAUGAUAUAAACACGCUACAAGUCCAAGAUGGCGCAUGUGCUGCAGUCGCUGGCGACCGCAGCCCUGCUGCUGUUGCUACUGCUGCCGGAGUGUCCAGACGCCCAACAGGGCUUGCCCUUCAGCACGCGCAAGCUAGCCUUCUCUGCAAAUCAGUUCGGUCUGGACCUGUAUCGAGCUCUCAGGGACUCUGAGCCUCCGUCCGGCUCCGAGGGAAACGUGGCACUGUGCCCGUUCUGCGUGAGCUCUUCACUGGGCAUGCUGCUGCUGGGCGCCCGGGGCCCCACCGCGCUGGCGCUCCGCCACGUGCUGUACCUGUGGGGCAUGCAGCACCUGCACCUGGCCGUCAGGGACCUGUCCGCACACCUGGCGCUUAACCUCAGGGACGCCCACCUCCUGCUCUUCAGGAGCCUGUACGUGCAGCGUGAUUUUGGCGUCAAGUACCCGUUCCAGCGAUCGCUGUACCACUUCUACAACGCGUCGGUGCACUCGCUGGACUUUGCGUCGAACGCCGAGGAGGCCCGGCAGCACAUCAACGCCGUGGUGGAGAAACAGAGCCAGUCCCAGCUGGCCAACAUCCUGCCGGACACGCCGCCGCCAUGGACGCAGCUCCUGCUGCUCAGCGGCCUCAACCUCGACACCCACAUCGAGCUGGACCUCGUGCCAGCCGAAGGGGUCCGCUGGAGGGCGCGCGCCGAGCCCGCCGACGACAGCGCCGCCCUGGCGGCGUCUGCGGAAGGUGCGCCAACCACUGCCGAGGCCCUAGGCGGGAACCCCGCCAUGCUGGAGGCCCGCUGGACGAGGGUGCGGCACGCCCGCCACGACUACCUCAACUGCAGCGCUGUCGAGGUGCCGCUGGCCGGCGGGGGGCUCGUGUCCCUGCUCGCGCUCACGCCCCACACCCACGAGGACAUGGCCCUGCUGGAAACGCGCGUGAGCGCCCAGAGAAUCAGCGACAUCCUGGCCAACAUGCAGAUACGGAGGGCCAACCUCAAGCUACCCCGCAUCAAGAUCGAGCACAGCCAUGACAACCUGACGGCGCCGCUGAGCCGGAUGGGACUGGCGUCGCUCUUCGCUUCCGGACGCGCCCAGCUCUUCGACAUGAGCGACGUCCCUUGGCUGCACGUCACCAGCAUAGUCCACAAGACAGCUCUGGACAUCAAGGGACCCCGGAGCGCCGGCGCUGCGUCUUCGCAGCCCCCCGCGAGUCCUGGUGGACGCCGCCGGGAUUCGGCCUUCGUUGGGCCCUCCGAAGAGACCCUAGACCUGGUACUGGACAGGCCGUUCCUUUACUUCGUCGUGGACAACGUCAGCGGUCUUGUCAUCGCCUUGGGCAAAGUGGUCAAUCCGUAACGGGUCACUGUAAUGUCUUUUAGAGCACCACGAAAAUCGUGGUGGCUAUCAGUUCGUCAAAAAGAUGUUUCAUGGACAGGUCAUUUCACCGAAAGGCAUUCCGGGUUCGUCGAACACAACGCUGCUGUUUUCGCAACAAACGUUUGCAGUCUUGCCUGGUUUAAGGGGGAGGAGGGGGCCAAGGCUUGGGUAAACACACCUCAGUGA